AACAUUGGAUCUACUUUGUCUAUAUGUAUUUACGUCUGUUGCCCGACCACCAGUAUAAAGCGUUAACAAAUUAAAUCGUGAACUUUAUAAACUUUCCAAUGUGAAGUCUCGCGAUAGAACGUUCAGUUGCUGUAGCAACGAGUCUGACUCCCCGCUGGUAACGUUAGCACGCUUUUGUUUAUUAUUUAGUACACUCGUCAAACGCCGUUUCAGUUUUGGCUUGUAGAUACGGAAUGCCUUAGCUAGUCACGCGCAGCCGCUCUCCCACUCCUGGACUAGACGGCGGUGCUAUGGCCGCCGUGCACAGUUUGAUACCGGCACGCUUUCUCACUUUAACGGCCCAUCUGGUCAUCGUCAUCACCAUCUUCUGGUCGCGGGAGAGUAACGUCCUGGCCUGCCUCCCUCUGGAUUUCACACAGGAGGAGUUUAACAGCAAGGACACAGAGCUGGUGGUGGCUCUGUCCGUGACACUGGGCCUGUUUGCAGUGGAGCUGUCCGGCUUCUUCUCAGGAGUUUCCAUGUUCAACUCCAGCCAGAGCCUGCUGUCCACGGCGGCCCACGCCAGUGCCUCUGUGUCUCUGCUCUUCUUCCUCUUUGAGCAGUGGCCUUGCCACGUGUACUGGUGGAUCCUGGGCUUCUGCAGUGCACUCCCAGCGUUGGUGGAAGUCUUCCUCUUCAUCGCGGUAUUUGGGCUGAAGAGGAAGCCGCUAUGAGGAGCUCACGGGCCUCAAGUUCAGAACCUACAGAGCCUCCAGAACCAGGAUCAGACCCCAAAGCCCCCCCCCAACCCCCUCACCUCUACAGAGCCCCCCCACGCCACCAUAACCCCUUUCAUUCCCAAGUCCACACCGGGCUGUUGGAGUGCCAGGCUGAUUUACACUGCGGAGGUAGACGGACAGUGACCAUGCGUACAUCACCAAGACGGGGACGGGGGCACGAGGCCGCACCCCUCCAGGCCCGAUGGGACCAGGCUUCCCGUCGCAUUCCCAGCUUCCUGUUUGACCGCUAUCUCAGACCAAAUCCCUGAACUUCCCUUUUUAAUUCUUUUCCCCAUUACUAAGUCUUGUUAUUCUGCAGUUUUUCUGUUGGUACUGUGCCGCACCUGUGGAAGGUCAGGCCUGUCGAAGGAAGAUUGAGUUUUCACAUCUCUGCCAAUUAGAAUAAUCUGUUCCUAUGGAAAAGUUCAGCUAAUGUAAGAAAUGUUCUGACGUUUGUAAACGACUCUCCUCCCGCACACAGGUGGUGUAAGAGCUUAAGUCUGAUUUCAUCCUCAUGUACAAAUGGAAGAAAAAUAAACUUUUUUAAUUUCC